GCGGUAAUUAUCGGUGGAAAAUGGCGUUGCGCCAUUAAGUCGCCCGAGCGCUACCUGCCAUUGGCGGGGCACCUGGGAUUGAUGAGGCGCGGCGGCCAAUGAGACGGCGAGGAGCGAGCACACGGGCUCCAGUUAAAGGGGGCGGAAGAGGAGGUAGAGCCAGUCCACGGAGAAACAGGGACCCUCCGCGAUAAAGACGAGGCGAGCCCAGAGAAAUAAACACAUACCCAAUCGGAACGGCGAAAUUUUUUUUUUCUUCCUCCCCGAGAUGCUCCCGACUACUUUCGCUCCUACGCAGAAGGACACCUAGUAAGAUAAUUAUUUAAUUUCUUCCAGUGUGCCAUUAUUCUUUUUUCUUUUUUUUUAAAAAAACGCAACCAACUGUCGCAGUCCAGAGGAGGGGGACACGGAAACUCUUCACUUCGUUACAUUUGGAUUUUCCCCCCAGUCACAAGUUAAUUUAAAUUCCGCUGUUCGAUAAGCAGAGCUGAUUUUUCCUCCUCUCUCCCCCCUCUCAUGGUCGGAGCAACGUUUUGAAUCACACCUGAUAUGGUGUUUCCAAGGUUGGAAGUUGAAGCGUUGCGCACCAGCAUUUGAUUUUUUUUUUUCUUCUUCUUCUUUUCUUUUUGUCUUGUAACUUAUUCCCUCCGAAAGCUGCACUGAUUCGAAACACACACAAAAAAAGAAAUUUCUUUUUCUUUCUUUGCUGAAACCAUGUUACUGGAUGCCGGCCACCAGUUCCCCGGACUGGGAGUGGGCUCGUUCGCCCGGCAUCACUCGACGAGCGAGAUGCAGGAGAGAGACUUGAGUUUGGCACAGAACAGCUUCGUAGACUCCGCGCACAUGGGCGCGUUUAAGCUCAACCACGACCUCUCGCCGGGACAGAGCUCUGCCUUCUCCAGCCAGGCGCCGGGCUACCCCGCCGCGGCGCUGGGCGCUCACGCCGCCCAUGUCACGUCGUACGCGAGCUCGCCGUUCAACUCCACCCGGGACUUUCUCUUUCGCAGCCGCGGCUUCGGAGAAUCCUCUCCGGCGAGUGGCCAGCACGCUAUUUUUGGCCCCGCGGCGGGGUCCCUCCAUCACUCCCACACAGACUCUCAGGGCCACAUCUUGUUCCCCGGGAUCCACGAGCAGCACGGCUCCCACGGGUCCCCGAACGUGCUCAACGGGCAAAUGAGGCUCGGACUACCCGGCGAAGUUUUCGGACGCUCCGACCAGUACCACCAGGUCUCCAGCCCGAGGACCGACCCGUACUCGGCGGCGCAGCUGCACAACCAGUACGGCUCCAUGAAUAUGAACAUGGGCAUGAACAUGGCAGCCCACCACCACCCCGGUGCCUUUUUCCGCUACAUGAGGCAGCAGUGCAUCAAGCAGGAGCUCAUCUGCAAGUGGAUCGACCCCGAGCAGCUCAGCAACCCGAAGAAGUGCUGCAACAAAACUUUCAGCACCAUGCACGAGCUGGUCACGCACGUCUCCGUGGAGCACGUCGGCGGCCCGGAGCAGACGAACCACGUCUGCUUCUGGGAGGACUGCGCCCGCGAGAGCAAACCGUUCAAGGCGAAAUACAAACUGGUCAACCACAUUCGGGUGCACACCGGCGAGAAGCCGUUCCCGUGCCCCUUCCCCGGCUGCGGCAAGGUCUUCGCACGGUCGGAAAACUUGAAGAUACACAAGAGAACGCACACAGGAGAGAAGCCGUUCCAGUGCGAGUUCGAGGGCUGCGACAGAAGGUUCGCAAACAGCAGCGACCGAAAGAAACACAUGCACGUUCACACGUCGGACAAGCCUUACCUCUGCAAGAUGUGCGACAAGUCCUACACGCACCCCAGCUCCCUAAGAAAACACAUGAAGGUCCACGAAGCCUCUCCACCAGCGUCCGACUCCUCACCAGCAGCCAGCUCCGGGUAUGAGUCCUCCACGCCCCCGGGCCUGGUGUCCCCCACCACCGAGACCCAGAGCAACACCACCAUGUCCCCAGCCUCGGCUGUCCACAACACCACCAGUCACAGCGGCCUGUCCUCCAAUUUCAGUGAAUGGUAUGUUUAGGACUAUAUGAGACGAAGGGAAAAAAAUGAAGCCACACACACACACACACACACACACACACACACUUUUUUCUGUUUCACAGCACUGGAUGGCAUCCAGCAGGAGAUUUUUUUUUUGUGGGGGACACACAAGUGCACACAAGAGGCACACACUAAAACAUUUUGUUUAUUUUCUAUUUUGUUACUUUCUGCUCCGCCAGGGGAAGACAAUGAUUAUCCGCCAGAGGAAAAAAUAUGUAAAAUAGUCGAGGUUGUAUUUCAUAUUGUAAAUAAUUAUUAAAAAGCCCACCCCCCCCCCCCCC